GCAAGGAGUGGGCUGAGUGUGAGGCACACAUGGCCAUAGAGUGAGAGAUCCCUGCUCCGUCUGGCUGGAUUAUUGCUGAGGAAGGACCAGCACCGAACACUCCUCCUCCUCCACCCCGCUUACCUCACACCUCUGCCUUCCCCGCUGUGGUUUUGCUACACCUCUCUCUCCGAGGGACUCCGUCUCCCCAAAUCUCACCUCUGGUUCUCCUUCCACCUCCCUCUCCCCCUGCUUCCCCCCCUCAGGAUGUCGUGUGAGGAGGCUCAGCUCCACAAAGAGAGGCUGCAGGCCUUGGCGGAGAAGCGAAAACGGCAAACUGAAAUUGAAGAGAAAAGAAACCAGCUUGAUGACCUGGUAUUACAGCUCCAACAUGUCAAGUCUAAAGCCAAGCGUGAGCGAUGGCUUCUGCAAGGAACGGGAGCACAUGAAGAGGAAGCAAGACGAAAACAGCUGGAACUGGAUGAAGCACAAGGGAGGAGGCUGGAAGACAUGAUACACAGGUUGGAGUCUGAAAUUGGUGCACUUGAGAGUGAGGAGUCUCUAAUUUCAGCCAAAGAGCAGGUUCUUCGAGAGCGUCUGAAAGAAACAGAGCGUUCGAUAGAAGACCUGCAGAAGAGUCUAAUGACCCAGAAUGAAGAUGUGACCGGCCGCAUGUCCGCCCCUCUCACGGACCGCAUGGAGCCCGAUCCCAAACACCUGGUCCCGGCCGCGUACCCCCGAAGCAGCCCAUCUGCAGCUGGAGACCACGCAGUACCAAGACCUGCAAUGUUCGCCAUGGAGAUCAAUGUGCAGCACGACCGACAGACUGGAGAGCAGCGCGUCCUGUCAGCCAGCCGCGUGAGCCCGCUGGAGGCCGCCUCCCGCGGCGUCAAAGUCUACGACGAUGGCAGAAAGGUGGUCUACGAGGUCACUUCCUCCGGGGGCGUGUCCACCACGACCGUGGAGAACGGCUGGAGCUCUGAGCAGGUUGACGAGCUGGUCCAGCGAGCCGCCAGGCCCGCGGUACGAGGAGUAGAUGGUGGGAGGGCUCCGGUGACAGUGACCCCAGCUGCACCGCAGGCUUAUGUUUCUCCGGCAGAUGUUGACGAUCUGUCCCCACCCUCCUGUGCCCCGCCAUCUAUCCCUUCUAGCCCACCGGCCCAGGUCACCCUGCAGAGGGAAACCCGCCUGGGCAUGAUGCCCCCCUCCCCUGCUCCCAUCACGACCCAACCGGUCUCCUCAGGCCCCGCGGGCGGCGAGCUCGCCUCCCAACCCCAAGCUAGCACGGAGCACCCCAUCACCAUGGUGUUCCUCGGCUACCAGGACGUCGAGGACACGAGCGAGAGCAGGCGGCUGCUCGGCUUCGACGGUGCCGUGAAGGCCGAAGUCGUUCUCAUCGACGAAGAUGACGAGAAAUCCCUGAGAGAGAAGACGGUCACGGACCUCUCCAUCAUCGACGGCACUGCGGCCGACCUCGUGUCAGGGCGGCCGGCCACGUCCGAAGGCGUCAGCACGGAACUGUCAUCCGACGGCCGUGAGCCCGACAGCGCAUCCUCACCCCCUGCAAAUCCGGAAGCCAACGCGGCCCCCCCGCCCGGCCUCACCCCCGCCACAGGGUACAGUCAAGCAUUGGAGGUUACCAGGACAACAGCAAAUGGCUAUCAAGCUCCUAUUCCAGGCACACAUUCCCAGACUGCCAUGAAGCCAUGGUGGGCAGCCGAGGAUGUCAGUGAAACUACACCAAGAGAACGAGCCCAGAAGAGCGUGAGCUUUCAGGAUUCAGUCAGCUUUAUCACUGACAGACCUGCAGACAUGGAACUGGAGAGCCAGCAGAUCCAACAUGGUUGCCUUAGCAGCCCCAGCAACUGCGCCCAAAAUGCUGGUGCGAAAACAGAGACUCCUGACAGUGACGUAGUACAGGAGAUCUGCUACUUAGACCAGGUGUUAGACGCGGCCUCAGAGACGCCCACCAAUGGAAACGCCUCCCCAUCACCGCACAUCAGGGCAAUCAGCAUCGAUGGGACCUGUCCUUCUGUCUCUGUGUCCGCCUCCCCGCCCGUCAAUCAUGAGGUGAUCAUUGUAGAGGGACAAAGACAAAGUACAUUUGUCCACCACGAGGAGUCUGCUGCUCGAACCAACGGGCAUAGGGAUGAAGAGGAGUCAGAGCGCAGCAGGCUAAAGUUUGAGCUGCGACCAUUUCAGGAGGACAAACGCCCAGCAAAGCUGUUCACCCCUGGAGCGGAGCAACAGGUUAGGGUGACGAGGAGACGACCUGCAGAAGAGGUUCAGGAAUUGGAGCGUGAGCGCCAGGAGCUGAUCAAAGACCAGGCGGUUAAGAAGAACCCUGGGAUUGCGCAGCGCUGGUGGAAUCCUCCAGUAGAGGUCCCUCUGGAAGAACAGCUGGAAGCAGAGCAGCUGGAGUCUCUCAAGAAAUACCAGGAAAGAAAACAGCAGAAAUCAAGUCCUAUCUACACCUACACACAGUCCCAGAUAUCAGGUCCUCCCACCAUGGUAACCUUUGAUCCAGAGUUUACCAGGAAGGAGGAUAUUGUGGAGGAGCAGAUCGAUUUCUCUUCUGCCAGGAAGCAGUUUCUGCUGGGGGAUGCUACCAAAAAGGAUGUAGCUCUUCAGUUAUAUUCUGCCAAGCCUUAUUCAAAAUCGGUGACGAGGGGCAGCCCAGGAAACAGAGACAUUAUUGCAGAGACCGGAGAAAGUCACGUGAGCUGGUUUGAUGAAGGAACUGCGGGAGAGUUCACGUGUGCUCGAGCAGUAAUGACAAUCCUACCAGAUGAUGAGGAUGGAAAAGGUCACUUUCAUUCAUCUUUCAUCCACCGGGAGGAGUCUGACUCAGGGUUAGAUGAGUUAUCUGUCCGCUCUCAGGACACUACUCUCUUCAGCUUGGAUAAUAUUUCAGACAGUGGGGCUUCCUUACCCCCAACCCCAUUGCCACUUACCCCGGUCUCACCACCCACCCCCCAGCCCACCACCCCGGUCUACGGGCAGACCAAUGGCAGUCCAGCAGAAGAUGAUCUGGAGUAUCACGCUGGGGUGCUUGUUCAGAAUGCCAUCCAGAAUGCCCUUGUGGCUCAGAAUGAUGGAGAGUGGCAACCAUCUGAUUUUAACUCUCCACAGAUGAGCGCCCCUGUGUCCCCUUCCUCUGCUUCUACAAUCAGCCCAAUGCCCGUUUCUUCCUCGCCUGUGUCUUCUGGCGGAGCUCUCAGUUACCAGUCACCUGUGUCUUCCAGUCCUGCACCAUCCAACCCAUCCCCACAGCCGGACACACAGUCACUGGUAAGAGUUUCCCAAGAGGAUCCAGCAGAACCAGUACAGGCUAGGCCUCAGCGAGAGCCCUCCAGUCCAGCCCGAUCACCCCAGCUCCAGGCACCGUCUCCUCCACAUUCUCAGCCUGUGUCCCCGCCGCAGCGGCCCAAAAACGGCGGCCCCAGGAUCAAAAUACAGUCCUCUUACACAAGAGCACUUGCCUCUUCAGCUCCGUCUCCAAAUCCAGCUACUACUGCAGAGGCUGCCGUCACUCGGCCAACCCCGGCCUACCGUCCCCCUUCUCCUCCCAGUCCGGAGAAACCAGAGUUCAGCUACUUCAGUAAAUACUCGGAGGCAGCAGAACUGCGUAGCACUGCAGCAGCGACGCGAGCCCCUGAGGUCGAGGCGAGUAGUGGACCUUUCCGCCUGCGCUCUAAGAAGCAGCGAACUCUGUCCAUGAUAGAGGAGGAGAUCCGAGCGGCGCAGCAGAGAGAAGAAGAGCUGAAGAAGCUGAGAGAGGUGAAGCCUUCUAUCGUUGUCCAGAGCAGCAACACUCAAGGUCCUGUGAGGACAGGAAUCCGGCAGACCACCAUCACCCCGGCUGAUAAGAUGAAGAGCAACAGCCUGCCAACUAGACUCACGUUGACAGCAAAAACAGCUCCAGGGAAGAUCGAGAAAGUGCGCCCCGCGCCGCCUGUCUCCCCCUCGCCCUCUGAAGGAGCUCUGUCUGAUGCGGGCAGUGAGGACUCUGGAGGAUCACGACCCAAAAACUUCAUGCAGACACUUAUGGAAGACUAUGAAACACAUAAGGUGAAGAGGAGGGAGAAAAUGGAGGACAACAGUUAUGCCCAUUUGUUGCUGGCUAGCGAGGUAACCACUGAGGUUCUGGAGGCCACUCGAGUGACCAGGAGGAAAAGCAACAUGGCACUGAAGUGGGAGGCGGGUAUCUAUGCCAAUGAGGACGGAAAGGAAAAAGGAGAAGAAGAAGAGGAGGAGGAGGAGGAAGAGGAAGAAGAAGAAGAAGAAGAGGAGGAGGAGGAGUGAACAGCUCCCCCUCAGGAGACGAUUUAGUGGCUUAGUGGAAAGCAGGAGGAAGAGGAGGAGGAAGAGACUGAAGAAAAUAAUGAAAGCAGGAGGAAACAGGACAGGGAGUUUAACAGUAUUUAUUUUACUAACAGUAUCCAGAUAAUCAUGUGAGGUUCAUCGAUGGGAGGCAUUAAGUUGGUGUUUCGGGACCUGUGAAUUGAAGGUGUAAAAGUAUGUUGAGUGACUCAGCAUGGGAGAGAUUUUUGAAGUAUCGAGGUGCAUUUUGAGGCACAAGAGUCAGUGAUUGAAGAGACACUUUGGAAGUUUUUUGUGGUGGUUUGAGGACGAUGUCCAAGAGUUAAACAUAAGAUGUUUCUACUAGAUGGAAAACACGAAAUGACUUUGGUGAGUUGCUCAUCGAUCUACGGUUUUAUUCUGGAAACAUGGACUUGAUGCAGGUUUUGACUGUGUGAUGAAAAUGUUUGUGCACCAACAGGAAGACACGACACAGAAGCAGGUGUCAGGAGGUGGAUUUAAAAAGAAAAAUCUCUCAGAAGAAAAAGUUGUGAAUGAAAGAUACACUAACAUUCUCACCAUAUCUGACAUUUCUGGAACAUUUUGAGCUUUGAUGAUGCUGCAGAACCACUGCAAUGUUUUUGAGGAACUAAACCAAAAGGCACCAUGAAUCACGACUUUCAGAGUCUGUUCUGCAUCCUUUUGUGUCAUAAUACAUGACACUGCAGAUAUAACACAAGGAUAGCAUGUUGGUGUGAGCCUUUGCAUUGUUUUCAAGCGUCUGUAAUAAAUCUGAAGUGCCGACUUGACAGUCAGCUUCAUUCAGUGGUUAAACGCUCACCAGGAAAUCUGCAAAACCUUGCCUUGGACCAUGAAUAGUUGUCCGUGUGAAAUAUGUAUUUGUUCCUCUCCUAUCCUGUAUCAAUACAAUUUCAGUAGACCUUAGACAAAAUAAGCAACUACAUUAGAUAGAACGUUUGUCUAUAAUCACUAUUCUUUAGUGACUUUUUGAUGGAAGUAUUCAAGGAAGACAAAAAGUAAGCCUGUGUGUGUAUUAAUUAAAGGGCUGGAUCAGGGGUUUUAUACUCUGAAAAUCACUUAUUUGACUUUUGUUGGCUACGUGGCUUUAUGGACCUGUGCUUUCUGAUGUAAGCAGCUGUUUUAUGUAUUAUACUGAGGUAGGACUGUGUAUUUGAUGUAUGAACACGUGCCGUGUAUCAACUCUAUACUUUGCAAGUUGAGGAUAAACUUUGAUGAAAAGUAUUGAAAAAGCUUUUUAUAAAAAAUUGUUAUACCAAAUCAGAAUGUUGUUAUUUAGAGAAACCAGUUAGCCUAAGCUCUUAAGUCUAUUUAAGAAAAUAGUGACAGUGUGCAUGGAUUUACUUUACACUCCUUUCCGUACCUAAACCAAGCACACGACAGCAGGAACUGACUAUCGCUUAUUAAGAGGCUCCAACUGAAUCCUGCACAUCUUGUACGUCCGUUUUUAAUGCUGUGUAUUGUAAGUUAUGAUUUUUGCCAGAUGAUGAUUGUUUAAAGAAAAUAGAUUCUUGAAAACGUUGUGACACCAGCCUCACAGACUGUGACGAUGCUGCGGUGUAGAGAACAAGAAGACGUUCAUCCCACGUGCCCAGAGGAACGUUUUUGACUGAGAUCAGAAGUAGAAAUGUGUUGAAAUGGCUCUGCAAACUAUUUCUGAACCACUUUAGAGGAAAAGUAGCUCAAUGUAUACGCUCUUUGUUCAGUUGUGCAUCGAUGCCGUUGAAAUUAUUUUCUCAGAACGUUUGGAGCACAGAGAGAAACCAGUCCCCUGAAAACCAAAGGUCGCAACUCGGUGAUGAGUCGUGUCCAAGUGUCCUUCAGCAAGGCACUUACAUCUGUGCUCACAAAACCUACUGAAUAAAACCCUCAUCUUAAUGCCUGAAAUGUUACUACACACCGAGGUAAGUUUGCACAAAAACACAGAGAACUGCAGUACUACUAACCCUUAACUAUAGUGGCUCUUAUAUUUGUAGACGAGUCCAAGACCAGCUGCUCUUGUUCAUUUUCUGACUUGACUGUAUUGUAAUGCGUUCUCUGAAGAAAACAAAGUGCCACUAACACCAUCAAAAGCGAAAAUCAAGAAGUCAAGCAUCUGUGAUGUGUUCGCUAAAACCUUGUUGUAAUUGUUUUAGUUAUUUAAAAGAGAAGCAUUCCUUUUCAGGAGAUGUUUAUGUGGUGCAACAGUAGGUGUUACCACAACAGAGGACUGACAGAAAUGCAAAAUGGGAGGACAACCAGGUUUCCCUCUGGACUUAGAGGACAUGAUUUUUGCUGCCACACAAUUUUAAAAACAUUUGCUGCACUCAUCUUUGCAUUUUCCUCACAUUUUCCAAAACUUCACCAGACUUAUUUAUGACUCACUAUAUUACUGUGGUUGGUGCAGCACAUUUUAGAUCAUCCUUCCCUCAAUCAUGCUUCAAAGGACACGAAGAAGUCAUGAAUCAUGAAUUUUAUAACCUUUUCCAAAUGGUAACAAUGACAUCAUGCACACAGAGGAGUUGCUGCAUUGUGUGAUUUAUUAUUAUUAUUAUUAUUAAUAUUAUGCUUUUGAUGCUUGAAUUCGUUGUGCAAAGAUGAUUGUAUUUAUCAUUUUAAAUGCUGAUGGCUUUUUUCCACCCUGCAGAGGCUCCAAAGCUUCAUUGUGGGACUCACACCGUCUGUGUGUGUGUUGAAGCAAUCUGAUCAUAUAAAGUAUAUGAUAUAACCUCUGUUCCUAUGUUAACCACUUGUAUGCUCAUACUCUGCUUUGUUAUUUUAUCGCAUAUGUAAGGCUCACAGUUAUACUCCUGCAAUACAUAUUAUUAAUAUUUUCUCAUUAAAAGCAAAACGUGUCAA